AUGGGUCGCUAUCCGUUGAAAUCCUACUUUGCUCCUUCAAAACUGUUCUUUUAUUUUUGGUUCUGGGGCCUACAUUUCGCUGUCUUUGGAAUUGGAUGGAACUAUCAAGCAACGAGCAAGCCGUUGGCACCUCUGAAUGCGCUUUCUUAUUCAGUAUAUAUUUCUCGAGGUUCUGGCCUGGUAUUGACUUUUGACGGGACACUCAUAUUGCUACCCAUGUGCAGAAAUAUCAUGAAAUUUCUACGACCGAAGUUAAGAUGGCUACCCCUUGACGAAACGAUAUGGUUUCAUCGCCAGGUGGCGUAUGCAAUACUGGUAUUUACCAUUCUCCACGUUGCAGGCCACUAUGUAAAUUUCUACCAUAUCGAACUGACGCAGCUGCGCCCCCAGUCGGCUUUACAAAUACAUUAUACCCAACCUGGUGGAGUGACAGGACAUGUGAUGCUUUUCUGCAUGAUGCUCAUGUACACAACUUCACACCAUCGGAUUCGCCAGCAGUCAUUUGAGACCUUCUGGUACACCCAUCAUUUAUUUAUCCCAUUCCUGUUGGCGCUCUACACCCAUGCUACAGGCUGUUUCGUCCGAGACAGCACAGAACCAUACUCACCGCUUGCUGGGGAGCGUUUCUGGAAUCAUUGUAUAGGUUAUCAAGGAUGGCGGUGGGAGCUCGUGGCCGGGGGUCUCUACUUGUGCGAGCGUUUGUGGCGCGAGAUUCGGGCGUUGCGUGAAACAGAAAUUGUGAAGGUGAUUCGUCAUCCAUACGAUGCCAUGGAAAUCCAAUUCCGCAAGCCAAGCUUCAAAUACAAGGCCGGACAAUGGCUUUUUAUUCAAGUCCCCGAAGUGUCCAACACUCAAUGGCAUCCCUUCACCAUUACCUCUUGCCCCUUUGACGAAUACGUCAGUAUCCACGUACGUCAAGUCGGCGAUUUCACACGCGCACUUGGUGACGCCCUGGGAUGUGGUCCUGCACAAGCAAGAGACUUGGAAGGACUCGACCCUAUGGGAAUGUACGAAGUUGCACUCGAAAACGGACAGCAGAUGCCAAAGCUCCGAGUUGACGGACCUUAUGGUGCUCCGGCCGAAGAUGUUUUUGAAAACGAAAUCGCCGUCCUAAUCGGAACUGGUAUCGGCGUGACCCCCUGGGCCUCCAUCCUCAAAAACAUUUGGCAUCAGCGCGCCAGUCCCAACCCUCCCAGACGUCUUCGCCGAGUCGAGUUUAUCUGGAUUUGCAAAGAUACAACCUCCUUUGAGUGGUUUCAAGCCCUCCUCUCAUCUCUAGAAGCUCAAUCCGCAACCGACGCCGCUUAUGCAGGAAUAUCAGAGUUCUUGCGCAUCCAUAUCUACCUCACACAACGUCUGGAUCAAGACGAAACCGCCAAUAUAUACCUCAACUCCGUCGGCCGAGAUCUCGACCCCCUGACUGAACUCAAGAGCAGAACCAACUUCGGUCGUCCCGACUUCAAGCGUCUCUUUACAGCCAUGCGGGAUGGACUGCAGGAUCAGUCCUACCUGAGAGGGCUAAAUACGCAGUCGAAGACCCGUAUCGGUGUUUACUUUUGCGGGCCUAAUCUUGCUGCAAGGCAGAUUAAAGCCGCAGCAAAAACCGCAUCUACAAGCGAAGUCAGGUUUAAGUUCUGGAAAGAACACUUCUAA